GCCAACGGCGGAGGCGCAUGCAGGUAAAGCACGAGGGAGCGGAAAGUGACGACUGACGACGGGAGUGUGGAGAAGCAGGUCGACAGCAGGAUUGACCUGGAUCUAGUCAAGAAGCGGAAUAAGAGGGCGUAAGAGCGAGCUGGCGCGUUUCGCUCGGGGAGACUUAUCUGAUGAGACCCAAGACUCCAAGUGGACCACACGGCCUCCCAGUCCCAUCCCGGUCGGAUCGGCUGCGGCGGUCCCGAUCAAACUUCAAUCAGUCUCUCUUCCCGCACACGGUUCAUCCGCCGCCUUCCUGUCCUCUCCCUUUCGCUCUCCUCUCCCAUCCAUUCCCUCCUUUUUCCAGCUCUCUAGCUUGUCGCUGAUUCUGGGGUAUCGUCACAAUGUUUGCUACAAGGAACCUCGUCACCCCCGCCCGCCAAUGCCUGCGAACAACACGUGUGGCUCCGAGCCUCGCAGCUCCUCGCCUGCAGCUCCGCUGCUAUUCCGCUGCUGCCGAUGAGCGUGUUGCUAAGUUCAAGGGACAGAAGGGCUCUGAUGGAAACUAUAUGGUCACCUUGAUUGAGGGUGAUGGCAUCGGUCCCGAGAUCUCGCAGUCCGUCAAGGAUAUCUUCGCCGCCGCAAAAGCCCCGGUCAGUUGGGAGUCCGUCGAUGUCACCCCCAUCUUGAAGGAUGGCAAGACUGCCAUUCCCGAUGCUGCCAUUGAGAGUGUCCGCCGAAACUACGUAGCGCUUAAGGGUCCCCUUGCCACCCCCGUUGGAAAGGGUCACGUUUCCCUGAACCUUACCCUUCGUCGUACCUUCAACCUUUUCGCCAACCUGCGUCCCUGCCGCUCGGUCGCUGGCUACAAGACCCCUUACGACAACGUUGAUACCGUGCUGAUCCGUGAGAACACCGAGGGUGAAUACUCUGGCAUUGAGCACGUUGUUGUCGAUGGUGUUGUCCAGAGCAUCAAGCUUAUCACCCGGGAGGCUUCCGAGCGUGUCCUGCGCUUCGCCUUCCAAUACGCUCGUUCUAUCAACAAGAAGAAGGUCCGUGUCGUGCACAAGGCUACUAUCAUGAAGAUGUCCGACGGUCUUUUCCUGAACACUGCCCGCGAGGUCGCCAAGGACUUCCCUGACGUCGAAUUCGAUGCUGAGCUGCUGGACAACUCUUGCUUGAAGAUCACGACCGACCCUACUCCUUACAACGACAAGGUCCUCGUCAUGCCCAACCUGUAUGGUGACAUUCUUUCCGAUAUGUGCGCCGGUCUGAUCGGCGGUCUCGGUCUGACCCCCUCCGGUAACAUUGGUGACGAGUGCUCGAUCUUCGAGGCUGUCCACGGUUCCGCCCCCGACAUUGCUGGCAAGGGUCUUGCCAACCCCACUGCCUUGCUUCUCAGCUCUAUCAUGAUGCUGCAGCACAUGGGUCUCACUGAGCACGCUGCUCGCAUCCAGAAGGCAAUCUUCGACACUCUCGCUGAGGGCAAGGCCCUCACUGGUGACUUGGGUGGUAAGGCUAAGACCCACGAGUAUGCUGAUGCCAUCAUCAAGCGCUUGUAAGGGAUUCAGUCCAUUCCCUGUACUAUAUCCCUCCCUUAUUUCCUUUUAGCCCCAUGAAUGAAUUAGACUAAAUAUAGUGAUCUACUAUACGUAUUGAAAUGUAUCUAGAUUUCCAAUGAUUGUUCAACAGCCCCUAAUUUAUGUAGCACACAUUACAUUACACCUUUGCACUACUCUUG